UACCAAGGUGGAAAGCAAUACGCCAAAAAAAUUUCGAAGUUAAAUAGGUACUGCUCCUGUGGGGAGUGCAGAGAAGUUCCUUCUUCUUUCCUUUCUCCGUCCUGAACAACAAAUCUUUCAAGAAGAGGGGCAAGAAGAAGAAGACCUAACAAUAUCUAAAAUUAUACUUUUCAACAAUAAGGAGUUCUGGAUUUUUACAUAAAAUUAUUUGGCCUUUCGAAAGGAGAAAAAAAUGCGCAGUCGAAAUACAAGGGCGGUCUCUGUAAGAUGGAUGGCAAUUCUUUCUAUCCUAUGUUUCUGUGCUGGAAUGCUUUUUACAGACAGGAUGUGGAAAACUUCUGAGGCAAAUGGUGAUAUAAUUUUGACAAAUAGACGUCAAGAUCAGGAAUUACAAGUUGUCCAGGACGGCUGUAAACAUGAACGGAAGCUUGGUGAAGAAAGGGAUAUAAUUGGAGAAGUAGAGAGCACACAGAAGACAGUUCAGAUCUUAGGCAAGACAAUUUCUUCAUUAGAGGCGGAGUUGGCUGCUUCUAGAGCUGCACAAGGGUUAAACCUUGAUAGUUCUCCUGUUAGUGAGAAACCUGCUGUAAAAGAUGCCAUUGAAAUACCAAAGGCUUUUGUUGUAAUUGGUAUAAAUACAGCUUUCAGCAGCAGAAAACGACGGGACUCUGUUCGGGAAACUUGGAUGCCACAAGGAGAAAGACUUAACCAACUUGAGAAGGAAAAGGGCAUUGUUAUCAGAUUCGUUAUUGGGCACAGUGCUACACCUGAUGGUAUUUUGGAUCGUGCUAUUGAUGCAGAAGAUGCUCAGCACAAAGAUUUUUUGAGGCUUGAACAUGUUGAAGGCUACCAUGAAUUAUCUGCAAAGACAAAGAUCUAUUUUGCUACUGCUGUGGCCAAAUGGGAUGCUGACUUUUAUAUCAAGGUUGAUGAUGACGUGCAUGUAAAUCUAGGAAUGUUAUCUACCACUCUUGCACGGUAUCGAGCUAAACCCAGAGUAUACAUAGGGUGUAUGAAAUCUGGACCAGUCCUUGCACAAAAAGAUGUCAAAUAUCAUGAGCCAGAGUACUGGAAGUUUGGAGAAGAGGGAAACAAAUACUUUAGACAUGCCACUGGCCAGAUUUAUGCUAUAUCAAAGGAUCUGGCAAAAUAUAUAUCUAUAAAUUUGCCAAUAUUGCAUAAAUAUGCUAAUGAAGAUGUAUCAUUGGGGGCCUGGUUCAUUGGACUAGAUGUUGAGCACAUAGAUGAUCGCAAUAUGUGUUGUGGGACUCCUCCAGAUUGUGAGUGGAAAGCACAAGCUGGAAAUGUUUGUGUUGCUUCAUUUGAUUGGUCUUGCAGUGGGAUCUGCAAGUCUGUUGAAAGGAUGAAACAUGUACAUGAACGCUGUGGUGAAGGAGAAGGUGCUGUUUGGAGUACCUUUAUUUGAAUAAUGUUUACAUUGUAGAGAGCAUGCAGUAUAUAUUUAUCAGUCAAUUCAAUUGUUUCGCAAGUUCCAAUUUUGUUGAAUCUCUUCUCCUGUGACUAAGAAAGUUCUAAAGUUCUAUCCAAGCAAGCAAGAUUUAAAUGUCCAUCCAAGUACAAGACAGGGACAUGAUAAGGAACAGAGACCUCUUUAUACCUGUAGUUCUAAUUCUAUCCAAGUUUAGGCCAGUUAUACGUCGGGAAUAUGACAAGAUGGGUUGAACUACCCAUGUAAUAUCCACGAUGCAAGUACAGGCAUCCUUUUUGUGCCAUUGGCAUCUUAUACACCAAGAAAUCUGUCUUUUGAAUUCUUUCUGAUCAAGCUAGAGGAAGUGAGUUGACUUGGUUCUUUCCUCCCGUGUGAUAGCAUUACAGGAGGACGUCAGUUAUUCUCUUUAUUUAUGUCUGGAAAUUGUAUUAACACCUUCAAAGUCUGUUGCCACAAGAAACUGGUUAGAGACUUUGCACUCCUGCCACUGGCUUGUUUUGUCUAAGAUUAUGAAAAUUUAAUUCAAUAUUCAUCCUAUUUAUUUUUUCA